CCACCCCGCGAGCAAGGGGGAGGGAGCCGAGCGGGCGCAACGGCCCGCCCCGCCGUCCCUCCCCCUCCUCCGCGCCGGGGAGCCGAGAUGGUGCGCACUGGCCAGCUGUGCGCCGACGAGUGAGGCGCCAGCCCGUGGGUGCUGCUGGGGGCGGCGGCGCGGAGGGGGACACAGCUGGCAGCGGCGCGGGCCGCGGUGCUUCGCUCGUGGCCGGGGGCGAAGGUGACAACCGGAGGCGAAGUGCUGGUGCUGCCGAGCAGCUCUGGGCCCUGUUCCCCUGUCCCCGUGAGUGGCGGCCCUGCCAUCGACCCCGCGUCCACGCCAGCAGGAGCCUCGGGAGGAACUGGCGGCCGCGCGACUGCUGGCGGCAGCCGUCUGGAUGCGAGACCUGUGUGGACCGGGCGGCGGACAGAGGCUGUCGACUCCGGAAAGCGGAUCGCCCAGCCGAAGAGCCCAACCGCUUUGGCCAUGGCCUCCAACUUUAACGACAUAGUCAAGCAGGGCUACGUGAAGAUCCGCAGCAGGAAGCUAGGGAUUUUCAGACGAUGCUGGUUGGUUUUUAAGAAGGCUUCUAGCAAGGGACCCAGAAGGCUAGAAAAAUUUCCAGAUGAAAAGGCAGCUUAUUUCAGGAACUUUCACAAGGUAACUGAACUGCACAACAUCAAAAAUAUAACCAGGCUGCCUCGAGAGACAAAGAAGCAUGCAGUGGCAAUUAUCUUUCAUGACGAAACAUCAAAGACAUUUGCUUGUGAGUCAGAGCUGGAAGCUGAGGAGUGGUGCAAACACCUUUGCAUGGAAUGCCUGGGGACGAGGCUGAAUGAUAUCAGCCUAGGGGAGCCUGACCUUCUGGCAGCUGGGGUGCAACGGGAACAGAAUGAACGAUUCAAUGUUUAUCUAAUGCCUACACCCAACCUGGAUAUUUAUGGUGAAUGCACAAUGCAGAUCACGCAUGAGAAUAUCUAUCUCUGGGAUAUCCACAAUGCCAAGGUCAAGCUGGUGAUGUGGCCUCUUAGCUCACUGAGGAGAUACGGUCGGGAUUCAACGUGGUUCACCUUUGAAUCAGGAAGAAUGUGUGACACAGGAGAAGGACUAUUCACCUUUCAAACAAGAGAAGGAGAAAUGAUCUAUCAGAAGGUCCACUCUGCAACACUGGCCAUAGCUGAGCAACACGAAAGAUUAAUGCUAGAAAUGGAGCAGAAGGCCCGGCUUCAGACAAGCUUGACUGAACCAAUGACAUUAUCGAAAUCCAUCUCUCUUCCUCGUAGUGCAUACUGGCAUCACAUUACGCGUCAGAACAGCGUUGGAGAAAUCUACAGCUUGCAAGGUCAUGGGUUUGGUUCAUCAAAGAUGUCCAGGGCACAAACAUUUCCCAGCUAUGCUGCAGAGCAGAGUGAAGAGGCUCAGCCGCCGUUGUCACGGUCCAGCAGCUAUGGGUUCAGCUAUAGCUCCAGCCUCAUUCAGUGACACACAGAGGCCACCAACGAUCAGCAAGACAGUCUGCCCUGGACCUGCCAUGGGGUCAUUUUGCCCUGUGCCUCCUGGAAGACCAAUUGCAGUACAAAUUAACAUUGGUAGGGCCUAGCCCCAACUAGAAGGUUAAAAACUGGAGUUCUGCUUCCUUGAUUCAGUGGUUAAGUCCUUUAUUUAUUGAAUUUCUAUGGGGGAAAUCUAUGUUUUAAAAAAAAGAGUCCAAUACUAUGAACAUUCAUUUAAAUAAGAAGAAUACUUUGUGUCUGACAGUAGCAGAAGCUUUGGCACUGGGAAGGCUUUCCACUCCAGUUUGAGCCUGGGAGGGGACCACUGUUAUCUGUCCUUAAGGCUGGUGCUCAUGUCUGGACACAUGAUAAUGAGUCACCACUGCAAGCCCUAUAGCCUUUUCAGUUUUCACAGAAACAAGUCAAGUAAGCUCUACAGACAGUGUCUUAACUCUCCAUGUAAGGAAGUCAGUGACAAUUAAGGGAAUGUGAAAUUAGAAUACUCCAUUCAGAAGAGGCCUGUGUGUGUGUGUCUGUGUGUGUGUGUGUGUAAAAGUAUAGCCAUGGAUAUUGUCAUAUCAGUCUAUAGAUAAGAAUAUAAGGAGUGCUGAGGGUGACAUGAUAUGCUCACUUAAAUUAUUAAGAACUAAUUUGUUGCGUUAAAAUUAAGAUUGUUUUGUCAAAUAGCUUUUUUUUUUUUAAAUAGUGCUGUAGAAAAUGAAAAAGGCUCCUCACUGGCAACAGUAUUUCUGUAGUUAUGAGGAGUACAGAAUGAAAAAAGGAAGAAAAGUGUUUUGGAAGUAAGAUAACGGCCUAGCUGCGCUGCCUGUUGUUGUCAUGUUGCGUGUCUGGUUAGUGUCAUGUGGCCAUAGUUUCUUCCCUUGGACAUUCAUCAGAGCUGCUUGAAGAAUUGGAGUAAUAUCCAGCUCCAAAGGGAGACUACAGAAGUUUGAGAAAGACACAAAACUAAGCUUAAAAUGAACGCAACAUUCUUGCAGUCAAAUGAGGAACAAAUGAUACACAAAAAGGUCAUGGGGGCUUGGAGAGCACUGUGUAAUCAGAGCUUGCUUGGAUUUAAUUUUUCUUGUACUUGAUUGGCUGGGAUGACAUGAGAAAAUAUUUCAUUUGUAAAUUUUUUCAGCUCUAGAGUAUUACAGAUUACCAAGUUUGAAGGGAAACAGGAAGUCCCAAUCUAUGGGGAAAAGUCUGGCUAAUUCAGGUCAACAUAGACAUUUUUGCCCACAAUUUAGGGACUGAAAUGUUAAUUACUCUGCCUAAAUCACCUGAUUUCAUGUCCCUAAACCAGAUAUCCACCAAGGAAUCCAGAUCAGAUAUAAAGAACAAAAAGCCAAGGUCAGGCAAGGGGAAAACCUGAUUUUUUUUUCCUUAAUAGCGAAAUGUUCUACUGAAAUUAGUCUAUUAAAAGGGUUCCUUUUCGCUGACCCUUGUUAAGAUAUCACUCAUCCUUACCCAUAAGCAGAGAGCAUAUUGACAAUUCAUUUCAGUGAAUUCAGUUGAGUAAAAGUGCUUAUGCAUCCCUCCUUGAUGAAUGUGCACUUACUGUAACUACCUGCACUCCCCAAACAGAUAGAUAUGAAAACCCCAUAAAGACACUAAUCAUAAGAGUUAAAAUUGCUGUGAAAAAUAAUUAUCUCAAGCCUUCAGGGAUAAAAAGAAAAUUACCCAAACUCUGCUGUGGAUUUUGCUGACACAGCAGAAAAGCAACUGACUGGAUCCUUGUGUUGAGAGAGGAUACAGACUUCCCUGUUGUCCCACUUGUCAGGGCCAGCGCCUCUGCGCUGCUUUUAACACAUGGCAUCCACUGUGGUAAUGCCAUUAGUAAACACACCAGAGCAACUCCGAGCUGAGACCAUUUUAGCACAGUUCCUAGUGUGGCCAUCAGAGGGAAACUCUUGCUAGCCCACUGAGUUGAGCUGCUGCUUAGAUACCACAAGUUUCUACAAGGGACUUAUGGGGAAAGGCCCUGAGGGGUCUUGGUUCACAUCUCAGCUUUAUCAAUGUGCCCGAAGCACAUAUAGCAAGUCGACAGGAUUCUGCUAAUUAUGAGUCUGCUCUUGUGUCUCCUUGGUGGGAGACAAGUAGCUUCAUCAUUUCAUUCUGAUCAUCAACAAUGAGCAUCACUGACAAGGAACCAAAAGUCACACACAAGUUUAGAACGUUGUAUUUUUUUUGAACGUUGUAUCACAAAAAGAGUGUGGGAGAGAUGUACCUCCUUAGUGUUUAACACAAUCUCAUUAUACUGAGAAUAAUACUGUAAAAUAUUUCAUGAUACAUUUUUGGAGCUUUGUUCUAGCAUUCUCCUCCAACAAUACUUAAAAUUUUCAGCUAAAUCAAAUCUGCUAAGAAAAUGAGUAGGAGAAUUUAUAGUAGCCGAAUAUGCUUGACAUGAGGCAGUGUUCAUUUUAAUAGAAAAGACAAAGAUGAACCUAUAAAAACCAAAGAUGGAAAUAUACUCGUGACAGUCUCCUGGAACCUCAUAAAACCUUUUCCACCAUAAUUACUAGAAUGGCUGUGGGCAUGGGUUAGCUAGCCUGUAGGUUCUAUAUCUCCCUUCAGAAAUUGUACUAUACCUUUACUGUACAUGUGACUUUCUUAUUGUGUGAGAGAGACUGCUAUGCACCAAAGACAUCUUUUGGCUCCUUCUAAGGCUGACUCAGUUGGGCUUACACUCAGAUUUAUACAGAGCGAUGGAGAAAGUUCCAUAUCUAUAUUAGGUUGGUAGAGACCAGUGAUGAACGAGGCUGGCGUGCACGAGAAAGUCUUUUCAGGGAGCAAACCAAGUCUGGAGAUACACGUUUCCACACAAAGAGUUUAUGAGGGGGUUGAUUUUCUACCCUGAUGAUGUUCAUAUACAUAUGACCUGUGACAUAACAUUUUGCUAAACAUGCAGAAAAGUGUAAAUGGCCUUUGCUCACUGUUUUGCUAUUCUGGUAGGGUGGAGGUUGGGACAAAACCACAUCUUUCACUAACUAAUUGAACAAAAAUUAGGCACUCGGAGCUAAUUUACUUAGACCAGUUGAAAAUAGUUCUGAAUCAGUAGGUUUUGGCCACUGCCACAAUUUUAAUUUAAUAGAAUAUAAAAUAGAUAUCUAGAGUGAGCCUUUUGCUGGUUCAGAACCAAGCCUUUGUUUCAUGUAUUAGGGAAGAUGCUGUUUGAUAGAGCAUGUGAAAUGAAAAGAAGCACAUUAUUAAAGCUAAACCUUUUCUCCCUUUAGUAUCUAGACUACUAGUUCCAGUGUAUAAUUUUUCUGCCUUCACUGGAAACUUUUGUUUGAAAAUCAUUCAUCCUCUUUAUAAAAUAACCAGCCAUUCAUAUCUUUCAUCUAACAUAGAAGCAGUGGGGUGAUCAACACCUUCACAGUUAGUGUAGAUUUUACAAUCCAGUUUAUUGCAUGUGUUAUCCUUAUAGUGGAUAUUAAAAAUACAUCACAAGGAGUAAUGUCUAACCCUCAUUCUUUGACAAAAAUCUCAGAAAUCUUUGGUUUGAAAAAGCAUGUGUAAUUUACUUCUUUGAAUAUUGGAGCCACAUACAAUUAACCAUUAGUGCUACAGUGAAAGCAAGCUAAGGUAAUUACAUUAUUACAUAUUUAAAAAACUAUAGCUCUAUAUUGACUGUCUUAAUACAGCACAAAAAAUGGGCACAUACAUUCACUGGUCCUGAAGUUUAGGUGUUUAAUACUUCACGUUUCACGAAGUACAAAUAUAAUGUUAAUGACUGCUCCAAAUAAAAGUUAUAUAUUUGCUCCAAAUUUAUGAAUGUGUCUAUCAAUAUAGUGCAAUGACAACUUGCUUUUACAAUCAUUAGUUAUAUAAUCUUUGGACUACCAUCUUCUCAAAAACAGACCCCCAAAAAGAUGUCUCUUGAGUAGGUAAUCUUUGUUUUAAAAUUGAGUGAUAUGUUAAACAAAAUAAUUUCCAGCACAUUAAAUUUAUAAAGUAUCCUUAUAUUAUAAAAUUUAUGAAAAUUAUCCAUGGAAGAAAUAGAGUCAAAGGAAACAAUUACUUAGUAGGAUAAUUUGAGAAAAAUGAUAAAGAAUUCAUUGGCACAAUGAGCAUAACACAUGGGCCCUACUUUUCCAAGACUCAGACCUCACUCACUCUGUGUAGUAUGUUUUGCCUUCUUCACUGGUAGUCAUCUAGCAUUAUGUGUGAGUUUAAAACAAUCACAUUCUGUCUUGACAUGGUCAUAGAAAAUAUAUUAGCAACAAAUGUGCUUCUUCCAGUUUGUGAAAAAAAGAACACAAAGGAAGGUGUGCACACUGCAGUUUUAGUAAAGCCGGAAUUGCUUUUGCGUACAGCUGCUUCGGAGUUUCCCCAUGAAGUAGUGGUAUCUGUGUGAAUGGAUACUUGCUGAGUGUGUGAAGAGAAACAUAUCCUCCCCACAUAUACGUACUCUCCAAACAGUUUAGAAAGGUUGUGUGCCUUUUGUGUGUGGAUCUACUAUCAACUCACACUUUCUUACUCAAAAAUGUAAACCUUGGAACAUUUCUACAGUUAUUCUCAGAGAAGAAGGCUUAAAUAGCUUAACAGGUUUUGUGCAAAAUUCUUUUUUAAAGGCACAUUUUUUAGAUGGGAUUAAGCCCUGGCAGCAAGGUAAAGGUCAUACAGAGUGAAGGGUUCAUUUUAUGUUCCCCUGGAAGAAACUGAGCCCUGCAGGUGUUGGGAUUUGUUCAGAGGCAAUGAGCAGCUGGGAAUGUCUCCUCCUGUUCCAGACUUCAUGAAUGUUCUCUGGCUUCACCCAUCUCUCAGCAGGGUGUGGUGGAAACCUAGACAUAGCAUAUGGCUCAGAAUACCUAAGCCCCUGUACCUUGCAAUGCUCUUUUCCUUUUCACAUGUUUUUCUUCCUUUUGGACUCAUCACCAGGGUAUCCCACCAGGGUAUUCCUUCUGAGCAGCUUACUCCAGUGACUGCUAUACAAGUUUUCAUUUACAGAUUUUUGUCUAGUACCUUUUUAUCUCAAAUAAUAAGCAAAGUAAAGUUAAUGCGAUGUUUUUCUUCCUGUUGUUGUUUGUUUGUUUUUGCUGCUGUUCCUUGCCCACUAACAACUCAUAUGGUAACCUUGAUUGUUAAUUUGGGGUCUUUAUCCAUCCAGAGAACAUUAUGGUGCCAUUGUCAAUAACAUUUGUCACAACUGUAUCAGAGAAGCGAUGACAUUAGGGCUACAUUCUUUCAUGGAAACCACACAAUUCCCAUUCUCAAAAAAUUAAAAAAUAGACCUUUAUAUUCAUCAUGUUUUUCUUAUUAAUUUAAGUAGGCAAUUAUUUAAAUUUUUUGAAAUUUAGAUGAGUAAGAAAAAAGUUAAAAUCACCUUUCACUUGUAAUUUUCAGAGACUUUCCUUGGGGUUUAUGUAAUAUGAUCUUGUAAAUAUUUGUAGAAAAAUUCACUACUAAUAGAAAUAUCCCCUGUAGUAAUUUCACAUAUACAAUAAAUUUUAUUUUAAAAUAUUUAAUUUUCUCUGAGAAUAUCACUAAUCUGAGGUCCUCAUGCUGAUUAUCAGAAAAAUAAUUUAUUUAAAAAUUUAUCACUAUUCUGGACCAAUUUUAGUGGUUAAUACAAAUAACUUACAAAUGUAUCACUCUCAGAAUGGUUUUGGACUAAGUACAUGAAAUCAACCCUCUCUAUAAAAAAUAACUGAAUAUCUCUGUGUAAGUUACUUAGCUGUAUGCCAUAGUGCAGAGGUUGAAAUUCAAUCGGUCAGUCAGGAUAGAUGAGUCUCAAAAGAACCAGGUAUUUGAAUUUUAUAAACACAAAUUUCAAGAAGAAAAGAUAAUUAAUUUUAAGCUACUGCAGAAUUUCUCUCAAGAGAGCCGUCUUGAGAGGUUCCUGGUUGUCACAGACCGCCGGCCAUCUGAGAAACUGAAAGAAUGACGGCACAAUUCAGAACACAAAGAUGUUCGUAACUUCAGAUCAGUCUAGCUGAACACAAUUAUUAGAGCUAGAAAGUUGAUCAGUCAAGUCCAGAUCUGCAAAUCUAUUGUAUAGCUCACGAAACAAUGCUUGAUGCGGACAAGAAUUAUAUACAGAGAGAGUUCUAUUGAUGACUAGAUGAGGGGAAUGGAGCUCAUCCUGUGAACAGACUAGCAUGACAUAGUUUACUUCUGUCCUUCCCUUAGAUACUGUAACGUUAGCUGUCAGAGGCAGUGCAUGAACCACACCACCAAAUCUGCCCGUUCCUGGGCAUGAGGGCCAGUGUCUUCAUUGCAGGUGACAAAAAGCAGCAGUUUCCUUCCCCUUCUCCUCUCCCCCAACCAACACACACACUCACAUUCACAAAAACUCUUACCUUUGACUUUUGACCCACUCUAUCUAUUUUAAUGAAGUUAGCACUUUUUAUUUUAGAAACUUAUGUUUUGUAUAAUAUUUAUCUCUAUGAAUCAUAAAGAUAUACUAAAUUAUACAUUCUAUGUUUGCUUCCUGUAAAUCUUUAUUUAACUAAUUUAUAUGUACUUUGUGAAGUCUUCUACUGUGCAUGAAAGAAUAGCAUUUCUUCUUGAUCAAAUAUAAUGCUUAUGGUCAUUUUGAUGAAACUAACACGUUAUUGAGCCCUAGGAAGUAAAACACCUAUUACAAAUUUGCUUCAAUUGGAAAACAUUUAACUACCACAUCUUGUUCUUAGUUACAAUAUUUACCAAAUUAAUAAUAAUCUAGGGACAUCUGGGUUUAAACGCUGGUUGAAACACAACUUUUUAAUGAAAUAAAAAGUAAAACAUUGUCUGUGGAAAGUAAAUGUGAACUUCUGACAGAGCUUAUCACAAUAAGGCAAUAAUAAAUUAAGAAAUUUAGCUGUUUUUAAAUCAGUGUGUGUGAUUUUUUUCCCUUCAGUAAAAAUAUAUAAUUGAAGAAUUUGCUUCUUCUAAAUUUCUUAUUUUUAUACAUAUUUCAGUCUUCAAGAAAUAUAGCUAAUCUAUUGUUAUUCAUUUCCUAUAAUUCCAAGAAAUCCACAAGUGGAAUUGAUACAAAGAGGAUAAUAGUUGCACAAGAUUAAAACUCGCUUUAGAAAGGGCAAAACAACUGAGAUAUUACUCUGUACUACAGCUCUGCAUGAAUGAAAUUUGAACUAAUUCAGUGCUUUACCCGUAAGUUAUUUGACUAUUCUAGCAUUGUGAUAGUAAGUGAUUUCCUUACAUAUUUGUCAUGGGAUGAAUAUAACUUUGUAAUUAAACAAAAUUCUGACAAUCGUAUCAUGCUAACCUAUAAAUGUUAACUUCUUUUGUCACUCAUGAGCUUGCGAUUUUCAAAAUAAAGUGAGAGAUUCCUUUGUUAAUUGUAAGGUUAUUGAAAUUUUAUUGAAUAUUUCCAGUAUUUUCCUAACCUUAUCAUAUUAGAGUUUAAAUUUUAUUGCAUUUAAUAUGCUUUCAAAAAAUUGUAGAACAUUAGUAUUAAUGAUGGCAUUACAACCAACAGUUUUAUUGCCUAUUUUCAAAUGAAAAGACAACCAGAAAGCAUAAGUGACUUAUACAAUGUGAUGUAAUUAGAUUUUGGGUUUCCUUCUUCCUUUAUACACACCCAUUAAUGGUAAUGAAAUUAAUUAUAAUCAAUAUUCGGCAGCAAGGUUGGACAUCAAAAUUGAAAUUCUGACAAUGCUGACUGUCCUGCAGUGAUGUGAUCCACGAUUUUCCUUUGGAUUUUUCUUCCAAUGAUACAGCAGUCUUUGUCAUUUGGAUGUAGAUUUAUCUAGAUAAACAUUUGCUGAGCCUGUUUCUCAAAACUUGGUGGUUAAAUAUUAAUUGAGCCUUUCUGUUUAGUUUACCAAAUGAUUUUUUUAAUGAACAUUUCUCCUUCUUAAAAUGCAUGCCCCUAAAGAGAGGGUAAAUUUCUCAGUCCUGGGGAAACCAAACUGGAUUAUAGACCCAGAUCACAGUCGGUAGCAUUAAAGUUCCCUUGAAAAGAUGUAUAGCCACACAAAAUUGUAAAAAACGAUGAAAAAUGCCUAGGGUCUUUUGAUGCCAUACAUUUUGGGGAAACGUUCGAAUGGAAUGAUAAUGAAAAUAUCCAUUCUUUCUAAAUUGUGAAUGAAGUACUGUUUAUUCUGAACCAUUUUCAUAAGAAAUUAAUGAUAUGAAUUUGGUGGGGUUUCUUUCCCUUUUGUCACAAUUAAGAUCUUGGCGAAUAUUUUUUUGCUGGGUAAAGUAUUUUACGAAUAAUGUAAUGAUUUAUAUAAGCUUAGAGCUGCAAUCAAAGACAAUGACAAUAUUUAAUAAUUACAUGCCACAGGGCACAGCCCCAAAGCAAUUACUCUGCUAUUUUUGUAACAUACAAACAAACCAGCUAUCUUGGUUUCUAAGUUACUCAAAAUAUGUUAGACAGAUUGAUCUAAUUUUGGUAUUCAUAUGGUGACUUAUUAAAAUAAAUAUUUGAGCAAGAACUGGCUAGAAUAUCUAACAUUCAUGAAAGUGUGAAUUGUUCUACUCUGUAGGUGUUUUAGGAUAUCUGGAUGUUGUUUGACACUGAGUCUCAAUGAUCUCCAAGUCUAGUCAACCACUAAAUGCUUUCUGAGUUCUUGCUACCUCCAAAACACAAAUAAAGGACAUGCAAUAUCUUCUGA